AUGAAUUUUGAUUGGUUGGAAUAUAGUACAAGUGCAGAUGCAGCUUAUUGUUUGCCUUGUUAUUUGUUUCAAGGUGAAAGCAUUCAUCAAGGUGGUGGUAAUGUAUUUUCGACUAAAGGGUUUAAAAAUUGGUAUAGAAAGGAUAGCUUGGUAUCGCACGUUGGUCCACCAAAUAGUGUUCAUAAUCAAUCAAAAAGAAUGUGUGAAGAUCUAAUGCGAGAAGAACAAUCCAUUCAGGCUGCAUUUUACAAGUUGGAUGAUAAAGGUAAGCAUGAAUAUUGGGUUCGCUUAAAUGCUUCAAUUGAUGUGGUACGACUUCUCUUGAAUCAAGGUUUGGCACUUCGCGGUCAUGAUGAGAGUGAAUCGUCAUUGAACAAAGGUAAUUUUCUUGAAGUUCUUUCAUGGUACGCGGAUAAAUGUGAUCAAAUUCAACCUUAUGUGUUAGGAAAAGCUCCAAAAAAUAAUAAAAUGACUUCUCAUGAUAUCCAGAAAGAUAUUGUGAGUGCUUGUAAGAUUGAAACAAUUAAGGCUAUAAUAGAGGACUUAAAUGGUGACUACUUUGCUCUAUUGAUUGAUGAAUCUAGAGAUGUGUCACGCAAAGAGCAAAUGGCUAUUUGUUUACGGUAUGUUGAUAAAAGGGGAUUUGUGAUGGAGGCAUUUAUUGGACUUGUUCAUGUUAAAGAUACUAGUGCAUUAUCACUAAAGAAAGCAAUUGUGGAUGUACUCGCUCACCAUUCUUUAACUUUAUCUUAUGUAUGUGGGCAAUGUUAUGAUGGGGCAAGCAAUAUGCAAGGUGAGCUUGGUGGUCUUAAAACUUUGAUCAAAUAA